AAACAUCACUCCAUCUUGAAUCUCGCCUUACUGAAAAUUACCCGACGAUAACGGCGACGACAAGUUCAACAUGGUCCCCCACUCUGAGGAGCAGAAAGUUGCAGUGGAGGACGGACACAAUCCCAAGGUGAUCACCGUGGAGGAGUCUGCCGCGUUCACUGGGGAUUCCGGACAGGCAGUGUCACCGGACCAUGGCGCUAUUAAUGUGCUCUUGGUCCUCUCCUGCCUUGCUUUCGGCGCAGCAUCGUUCUUAUUUGGAUACGAUGACAAAGUCAUAUCACCUGUAGCCGCAACAGAGUAUUUUGUGAAGAAAUUUCAGGGCCAUCCUAACCCGGCCAGUGGAAAGUUUGCCCUCACUGCGCGCAACCAGGACCUUGUUUUCUCUGUUCCUCUUGUCGGCAGUGUCGUGGGUGGUUUAGCCACAACGCCACUUAGCAGUCGUUUCGGGCGAAAGUGGACUCUGCUGGGAUCAUACUGCUUCUCCUUCUUGGGGAGUUUCCUGCAACUUUUCGCCCCAAACCUGGCCACUUUUGUCAUUGGUCGAUUCGCCACGGACUUCGUCAUUGGAAUUGCACAUACUGUUGCGCCGCUAUAUCUGUGCGAGGUCGUGCCAACAUCGAUGCGUGGUAGGGGCGUUUCAAUCUACAAUAUCCUAAACCUACUCUCUGGUGUGGUUUCUACCAUCAUUGUCAACUCAACGCACAACAUCAAUGAUUCAAGAUCAUACCAGAUUCCAUUGGCCGUGCAAGCCGGCUUACCAAUGCUUCUCUUGCUGUUAUCACUUCCUAUUCCCGAAAGCCCGCAGUGGCUCGUAUCCAAGGGCCGCCUGGAAGAGGCAAAGCAUAAUCUACGCCGCCUGCGUGGCUACGCUACCUGGCAGCUGGAAGACGAAUUCCGUGUCAUCGUGCUCUGCGAAGAGAAUGAGCGUGAGCUGACAGCUAAUGUACAAUUCUGGCACCUAUUCAACCGUGAGAACCUUAGGCGGACCAUCACCGCGGGCUCUUUCUACUCACUGAACCAAAUAUCUGGAGUGAUUCUAUCGACAACGUAUACGACUGUCUUCCUCAGCCAGCUCGGCAUUGGCAACGCUUUCGUAUUUACUGUUAUAGCGUCAUGCUGCACAUUAGCUGGGACUAUCUUCUCUCCAAUGGUGAUAGAUAUCUACGGCCGUCGCCCAACCGCUUUGUGUGGCAUGGUGAUCCUUUUCGUUAUCGACAUUGUGGCUGGAGCGCUGGCAUUUUUCCCCAAUAAUAGUAACGCGUUGCUGACCAUCGCUGCACUGGGCUUCAUCUUUAAUUUUUUCUGGGCUACAUCUUUCUUAUCCAUCUCUGUGCUCUUGCCACCUGAGAUUGCCACGCCGAAGCUCCGUAGUCACACCAUGGCAUAUACUGUUGCCUGCGCUCAAACGACCGCAGUCAUCACCACCUUCGCUGUGCCGCAACUGACUGACGCCAGUGCGGCUGGCCUCGGAGCUAAGACAUAUCUCGUCUUUGCUGGAUGUAUGGCUUGCGUCAUUGUCUGGAGCUUUUUCCUCAUGCCGGAAACUAAGGGCCGUACAUACGCUGAGAUUGAUGAGAUGUACGAUAAAAAAGUCCCUAUGUGGAGAUGGAGCUCGUUCGAGACUUUAACUCAAGCCAAGCAGGUCACAUUGAUGACAGAAAAACUAGUCGGCGACAGUGCAGUCAUAGCAAUGUGACAAAUUGGAAUCCUAUAAAAUAGGUUUCAAAGCCUUAGGUUAAGUUAUAUUGCAAUGUCUAGAAUAUCCCUAGCAACUUUAAAAUACAGAGAUGUCCUAUAACUAGAGCAUAUAUCUGUUAACUUGAUUCAUAUGACAUCUCCAAAAUGGUUGUAUUUAAACACUUAUAUUGUAAUUGAAAGCGAGAGACCGACUCCUCUCUAAAAUCGACUCC